AAGAUUUUCAAAUUCAAGAUGGCGUCGCAGUACUACCAAGAGAUGCAAGAGAGUUUCAAGAAUAACAACAAAAGUCGAGAAUUCCCUGCUCACACAGCCAAAGUCCACUCGGUGGCAUGGAGUUGUGAUGGCAGGAGGCUCGCCUCCGGCUCUUUUGACAAAACAGCCAGCGUUUUUGUCCUCGAAAAGGACCGUUUGGUGAAAGAGAACAACUACAGAGGUCACGGUGACAGUGUGGAUCAGCUCUGCUGGCAUCCAACCAACCCAGAUCUGUUUGUCACAGCAUCUGGAGACAAGACCAUUCGCAUAUGGGAUGUCCGCAGCACCAAAUGCAUCGCCACCGUCAAUACGAAAGGAGAGAACAUCAACAUCUGCUGGAGCCCUGACGGCCAGACGAUCGCUGUCGGAAACAAAGAUGAUGUCGUGACCUUCAUCGAUGCCAGGACACAUCGCUCCAAAGCAGAGGAGCAGUUCAAGUUCGAGGUGAACGAGAUCUCCUGGAACAACGACAACGACAUGUUUUUCCUCACAAACGGCAACGGCUGCAUCAAUAUUCUGAGUUAUCCAGAGCUGAAGCCCAUCCAGUCCAUCAACGCUCACCCAUCCAACUGCAUCUGCAUCAAGUUUGACCCCACGGGGAAGUACUUUGCCACGGGAAGUGCCGACGCCCUCGUCAGCCUGUGGGACGUGGAGGAACUGGUGUGCGUCCGCUGCUUCUCAAGGCUUGACUGGCCGGUGAGGACUCUGAGCUUCAGCCAUGAUGGCAAGAUGUUGGCCUCGGCCUCCGAGGAUCACUUCAUAGACAUUGCUGAGGUGGAAACAGGAGAGAAGCUGUGGGAGGUACAGUGUGAUUCUCCGACCUUCACCGUCGCCUGGCACCCCAAGAGGCCGCUGCUAGCCUACGCAUGUGAUGACAAGGAAGGCAAAUAUGACAACAACCGGGAAGCGGGCACUGUCAAACUGUUCGGUCUUCCCAACGACUCCUGAGACACGUCGGACGCUCUCCUAGUAAAACUAGUUUGCCUAAAUUCUUGUAAUCAGUUAGACCUCGAGAGGGAGUAAGCAAGGAAGCAUCACAAGGAAAUAAAAACUUCCUGUAUGGCUCCAAGGAUGCUGCUGCUUUGCAUUUUGGUUGUAACUCAUAGAGCAACAGUAUCUUUUGCCACCAGCAGAUGGUGCAGCUGUCCUAACUUUCCCUUAAAAUAACUGGCUUCAUUCCGUGUUUUUAUACCCGGAUAGAAACACAACUCCCAGUGCUGUAAUAUAUUGUUUUUAUGUAAAAUAUGCAUUGUUUUUUGAUAUUAAAAUUGGUCCCUUUUAUAUA